UUUUAGUCUUUGAUGAGUGCCUGUGUAUUAAUUUCAUUGCGAACCACUUCAACCGCUUUCAACCAUCAUGAAAAUGAAAUCAGUGAGUCGAUACGAAUACUUGGUGUGGUUAUAAUAAGAACAGAUUCUUGUAUGCUGAGAAGUAGAUACAGAAAGUUGGCUUCUAAGACACAGUAUAUGCACUUCCUCAACUUCUUGCAGAUGAAGUAUAAACGUAAUGGAAUCAGGUGCCUGCCGUUUACAGUAAGUUUGAUUUGUUUCGAGGAGUGUGUGAGGAGGAAACUACUGUGUAUACGUGAUAUUCUGGAUGAAAAUUUCAUCAAAUAUUUGAAGCCCCCCAGUAUAACAGGGAUUACUUGCACACCUCAAUGAUAAGUAUCUCAACCACUUGGUCCUGUCUGUAUUCACAUGAAAUAGUGUCUUCUACAAACUAGUUCAAAAGAGGGGGAGUGUUAUCUCACCUUUCCCUGCCUUCCUCCUAAAUACAGUUCGUGUGUUGACACAGUCCUGUGCAAGCGUAUUUCCAGAAGCUGUUUUCCUGACCUGACCUUUGGUCUUAACUAUUAUCAAGGAAUUGACUUGUGGAACAAUAAAUCUAGAGGGUCG